AUGGAAUUAGUUGAACUACAGAAGAGCUUCGUCUUCGCCAUCGUCGCAUCGGCUUGGCGCCAAGGCCCCACCUGGUCCUUGGUGUUGAGCUAUGAGCAAGAGCUUCGCAAAGCCGCGUAUCGCUACAUUCGUGACGGUCAGUGCAAAGACUUGCGUGCUGCUCUUGAGAAGGCGUGUGAUGCCCCGGAGGUUUUGACCACACACUUUAUCGUCCCGUUCACCUUGGGCAAGGCCGAGGAUCCUGUGGAUAUGCCCGACUUGACAAAGGUGCCUUGGCUGCAUCAUGGAAAAGGUGGCAAGGGCAAAGGUGGCGGCAAAGCUCCGGAUUGGGGGCGGCAAUGGGGGAAGUCUAACAAGACUCCUGAUGGCAGGGCUCUAUGCUUCAAGUUCAACGAUCCUUCCUGCCGGGGGUCGGUUGCGCAGCGUGCAGUUGCUGAUCCUGGCAAGCGAAAGUCUGUGGCCACUGCAGAUGAGGCCGUGUCUGGUGAUGAAGAGGAACUUUGGAACAAUAUCUUUCCCAGCCGUGCCUACUCUGGCCUAGAGUAUGAAGAAGGAGGCGACGGUAUUCGCAUCGCUGGUUUGCGAGGGACAGGGCCACCGCUGUACUGUCGUAUGGGUGGUGCACGGAAGCCUUUCACCGAUGGUUGCGGUCUGUGCUCCCCUGGUCGAUGGCCUCCCUCUGCCAGGCAGGAUGCUUACGAGAAUGUGAAGUUGUCCUUCCAUCAGCGCCUUGCGACAAAGCUGCAUAACUUUGUGGGCGCAAAGCUCAAUGUGCGUGACUUGGCGUUUAAGCUUGCUGCAGGUGUUGUCAAGGAGGCCCCCUUCAGUGACGAAAUGCUGGAGGAAGGCAGAAGCAUCAUCUGGAAGGAGCUUCGUGAUGCGGGAUGCCAGCUACCUGUAGAGGAGAAGAGCCCUGGUCAGCCCUUCUACCUCGCGGCCAUCGAGGAACUGCUACGGCUGGCUGGGGAUCCAGAUUCUGCUGCGUUUUACACAAGUCAAGACUCCUUUGCGAAAGGAGUGCGCCUAGGUGUCGGUGUGGAGCUGCCACGCGUGCCUGCUGUUUUCACUGCCAAGGAACGAUGGAGGACCUACCCAGAUGGUCCUGACGGGACGGUGCUUCGGGACAACUAUGUAUCCGCUAAAGAACAUGCAGCAGAACGGAGCUUGGUCGAGACGGACUUGGAGGCUGCGUGCAGGGAGCUCGGCGAAGUGUCAGUCGCCUCACUUGGAGCCAUCGAGAAGAAAGAUGGAUCCUACAGGGUGACCCAUGACGCAACGCAUGGCCUGUCUGUCAACAGUAUGAUAAAGGUUCGGGAUCAGAUGCGCUGCCCUGGGGCCGGAGACCUUCGGCGAGCUUUGCAGACUUUGCCUACAGCGUACUUCGCCCUCUCAGGGGAUGUGGCGCGUGCCCAUCGCCUCGUAAAGAUUGCAAAGCGGGACUGGAAGCAUCUUUGCUGUCGCACUGGCACCAAGAGAGAUGACGUAAUAUGGGUGAACUGCGUGGGUACCUUUGGUGUCUCGUCAGCUGCGUACCACUGGUGUCGUCUGAUGUCAGGACUUGGGCGCUCUGCGUUCUUCUUGUUCGGCAAGUUCGGCUGGAUGCAACUUGUUUACGUCGACGAUCUUCUCUGGCUCGUCGGCGACAAAGGCGGCAUUGAAAAGCUGAUCACAGUGAUCUUUUACUACUCAGCACUGGGGUUGCCGUUUGCUUGGAAGAAGUUUUCAGGUGGCCUCGUGUGCAAGUGGGUCGGUUUCGAGUUGACACUGGCUGAGAGAGCCUUAGGACUCACUGAGGGAAGGGCAAAAUGGAUAAUCUCCUGGGUGUCGCAUACUGUGGAUGCUGGUGCAGUUCGAAUGGCAGAUUUUCGCGCAGUGCUCGGCAGGCUUUCGUUUGCAUUCACUGUACUUCCCAACUUCCGACCGCUCUUGGGACCGUUGUAUGCCUGGAGUGCAGCGAUGGGAUCCUUCCACAGUCUUCCCUUGCCAAAGCUGGUGGUCGUGCUCUUGAACUUCUUGAAGGCUUCGCUAGAAAGACUUGGGAGAAAUGCGGCAGUCGCCGACCACUGUGAUGCAGAAAGAGAGCUCUUUCGGACGGAUGCCCGGGCCGAAGGCGACGAGGUGUGGAUCGGGGGCUUCGCGUUAGACAAUGGCACGUUGUCAGAGUGCCGCUGGUUUGCCGAGCGCAUCUCGCACAACACAGGCAAAUGGCUCUUUCUGGCCGGAGAGUCCUAUCGUGCCAUUGCAUCUUUGGAGCUUCUCGCGACCUUGACAGCAGUAGUACUCUUUGGCGUUCCAGGGGGUCAACAUCUUGGCUGUGCUUGCUCAGCUAGCACCGACAAUCGCGGCAACGCCUUUGCCGUCUCAAAGUUGAUGACGACGAAAUUUCCCCUAUGUGCCUUUUUAUUGGAACUCGCCAUGCAGCUUCAGAUGAAGUCGUCAGAGCUGCAGUUGAGAUGGCUUCCCAGGCUCCAGAAUGUCGAAGCAGACCGGCUCACUAAUGGUGAUUUCACCGGCUUCAGCGAUCAUAAGCGGUUGCGGUUUUCGGUGGAUGAGUUUAGUGGCAUUUUGCUUUCGGACAUGCUUGACUUGGGCUCCGAUCUCUAUGGCUCGAUCAGGGAGGCCAAGACGAAGGGCAAGCUGCGGAUUCCUAAGACGCGCAGAGAAGACACGCUCAAAUGCAGAGAUCCUUGGAUGUAG